UUUGAGAGCACAGACAUACACCCUGCUCCUGGGCUCCUUCUUAGGCCCCCAUGGAGUUCUCCCUGGCCCAGAUAAGCUCCCAAGGGAGUUACAAAGCCCCCACUCCAACCUUCACCACGUUCCAGUCCUUGGACUCGACCCAAAAAAGCUGCAAGGGCCUGGGCUUGCUUCCAGAGCCCAGACUCCAGGCCCUGAAGGCUGAAGAGACCCCGUUCAGCCACAGAGCCCCGGAUGUCCAUGCUGCGCCCCUGGGGGCUGCCUCCGGUCAAGAGGACACCGGAAAGGCUGAGGAGGUGCCUAGGGAAGGAGGCCAGGCUCUGCAGGCUGAGACCCUGGCUUGGUUCCAGAAGACCCAAGCCCAGGGACUCCUGCAGCACGGGGCAGCCCCUCCGUGGUUCCACGGCUUCAUCACUCGGAGAGAGGCCGAAAGGCUGCUGGAGACCAAGCCGCAGGGAUGCUACUUGGUGCGGUUCAGCGAAAGCGCGGUGACCUUUGUGCUGACUUACAGGAGCCGGACUUGCUGCCGCCACUUCCUGCUGGCCCAGCUCGAGGACGGUCGACACGUGGUGCUGGGCGAGGACAGCGCCCACGCGCGGCUGCAGGACCUGCUGCGGCACUACUCCGGGGCCCCGCUCAGCCCCUACGGGGAGACUCUCAGCCAGCCCCUCGCCCGCCAGACUCCUGAGCCAGCAGGACUUUCCCUAAGGAAUGAAGAAUCAGACUCUGGAAGCAAAAGCGAGGACUCAUACCCCCAGUAUAGCCCAAUCCUCAAAAAGGAGCCCAGAGCCCCCAUGCAGAAAGAGGGGGGCAGUGAGCCAAAGGAGCCUUCCCAGCGACCAAGGCCCAAGCCUCCUGUUCCUGCCAAACCUCAGCUAUCACCCGAAGUCUACACAAGCCCAGCUUCGAGACACCGCCCAGCCCUGCCCUCCAACCCCUCCAACCCCAUCUACCAUGAGCCCGAUGAACCCAUAGCUUUCUAUGCUAUGGGCAGGGGCAGCCCCGGGGAAGCCCCCAACAACAUUUAUGCCGAGGUGGAGGUGGGGCUGGACGUGCCAUCAGGGGGAAAGGGCCCACCGUGCAUCCUCUGGCACUCGGCCCUCAGGAAGUGCCGAUCCAGGCCUGUCCCAGGAAGCCAGAAUCCAGGUGGCCAGCAACUGCAUUCUGACAACUCUGUGGCUAGACAAGGCCCUCCCGUGCCCCACAAGCCCCUGCCUCUCGGGGGACACAGCCUCCCUCACAUCAUCUCUAGACAGGUGCUCCAGGACAGAGGACAGGCAUGUCUUCCCCUGGGGCCUCCUCAGUAGCCAGUGAGUCUGAGCUGAGAGAGGAUAACCUGGGACAUCAGGUCUAGAGAACUUCACACACACCCAGGUGCCCUAAGGAAAUGUGGAUGAACAAACUGUAGGUGACUGAUCAAAACCUGGAAAGGACCUCAGCUGUCAUCUAUUGCAAAGAUGGCAAAAAUGUGUCACCUUGUAUCCCAACUCCAGUCCAUUGGUCCUUGCUGCUUAUGGCGCUGCAUUGGGAAGGAUGUUAAGGUCAUAUCUGAACUCAGCAGAAAAGAGCACCGUGAUUGAUUAGUGAUGUCUGCCGUGGGUGAGGGAAGGAAGAGGAACAGCAUCGUUUUUCGUCCUUCCUGAUCAAGUCCAACUCCCUCACUGUGCAGAUAGGAAACAAAAAGCCAGAGUGGGAUAGUGCCUUGGAUGAGGUCAAGGACUGGAAACCAGGCCUCCUAAUUCCCUAGUUUAGUGCUACUUUCCUGACCCCACAUCCACUAAGUCUUCACAAAUUUCCUAACAUAGGAAAUCUGGCUGCUUUCCUGAGUUCCACUGCAUUGGGUCCCCGGGUUCCCUUCCUCCAGAUCCCAGCGUAGCCGUUACCUUGACAGGUCUGGGACCCCCACAAAGAAGCCUGGAGGUCAGAGGAGCAAAUGUGGAAUCCACUUUCUUUUAGGGACACACCCACCGGUUCCCUCUGACUCCUGUGUUUGGUGCUCCUCUAAGGAUGUGGCCUAGGAGGGCCCUGCUGCCUCCCACUGCCCUGGCCUCUCCUCAUGGAGCCUGAUUUCCUUGGCCCUCUGAGCCUUUGGGUCUGGGCCCUGGUCCAAUGCUGCUGUUGUCUGAGGGUUGGUUUGGUGAGAACAGAUGUUAGAACUUGUUUGUUGAUUCUUGUCUGGCUAAUAAAUCAUCACCAACCACCUUCCCCUACAGGGAUCCAAGUA